UCAUUAUUUCUUACCUAUGAAACCCUUUAAACAGCUUGAGAAAUGAAAUGAUCUAUUUAUAUCUGCCCAUCGCUCAUCUGAGAAUCACAACUGGUGGAUAAAAUCUGAUUUCGGAGGCGGGUCCGGACUGUGGAUGCCUUUGAGUUCAAACCCAACAGGGUUCGAGAGGAUGUCAUUGUGAGGGACGCUCUGUGUGGUGAGAAUGCAGUCUUCAGGACACCGGUUGAGGGAUGUGGAGCAGCACCAGCCCCUGCUGAGUGGAGGAGAGGAGGAGGUGGCGGCUAGCCGCGUCUGGUUCAUCCAGGACAGCUGCGGGAUGGUGUGCGCCUUCAUGACCUGGUUUCUGGUUAUGUACGCAGAAUUCGUGGUAAACUUUGUCAUGCUGCUCCCCUCCAAAAGCUUCUGGUACUCUCUCAUCAACGGUGUGGCGUUUAACUUCCUGGCUGUGCUGGCGCUGACGUCACACCUGCGAACCAUGCUGACGGAUCCGGGAGCUGUUCCCAAAGGUAACGCUACUAAAGAAUACAUGGAGAGUCUGCAGCUGAAGCCAGGAGAGGUCAUCUACAAGUGUCCAAAAUGCUGCAGCAUUAAACCAGAGAGGGCACACCAUUGCAGUAUCUGUAAGAGAUGCAUCAGGAAGAUGGAUCACCACUGUCCUUGGGUCAACAACUGUGUGGGCGAGAACAAUCAGCGAUUCUUUGUCCUCUUCACUAUGUACAUAGCCUCCAUUUCUUUGCAUGCGCUGUGUCUCAGCGGUUUCCAAUUCUUCACCUGUAUUAAAGUCCAGUGGAAUGAGUGUAGUGAUUUCUCCCCACCUGUGGCGGUGAUGCUGCUAAUUUUCCUGUGUCUGGAAGCACUGCUGUUUCUCACCUUCACUGCUGUCAUGUUCGGCACUCAGAUUCACUCCAUCUGUAAUGAUGAGACGGAAAUCGAGCGACUGAAGAACGAGAAGCCCACGUGGGAGCGGCGGGUGCGAUGGGAGGGGAUGAAGGCUGUUUUCGGCGGGCCGCCCUCUCUGCUCUGGUUCAACCCUUUUGCUGGACUCCGUCUUCAGGUUCUGAUGGUUCGCGCCCGGAAGAACGGGGCCGAGUUCUCAGUCUGAGUGAAGAAUGCUGUCUAUAAGGCACAGCCGUCUGCCUUCAUGCCUAUUACCCCCCUCACAUAGGACAUAGGACUCCUUCCUUUAAUGCUGAAACAGGUUUGGAGGUACUACGGUGAAAACCUGUUAAAUAACUGAUGUCGCUCCUGGAACAAUGAGGCUACGUCUCGAUACAGCCUGUCUGUGUCCACACAUUAAUACCUCGGACGGCGGAUCAUACUUGUUAUGCUCAUAUUGUCUUCAUGAACAUUCACACUCAUGGGUUUUUGAUUUGCUUUUCUUUUUUUUCUUUUUUUCGGAAAUUUACGGAUCAUUUGAAGGGUGUUGAUAUCCGUUAUCCAGCCUGAAGUAAUUGCAUCUAGAGCGGCAAAAAUAAUGGUUGUUUAAAGAAAUAGAUCAUAACGGAAUGUGUUUUGCCAAAAAAAAAAAAUUCUUAUGUGAAUCUCACAAAAACUGUCAGGAAAUGCCCAGGUGGUCAUAUAUCACCUCAAAAUCAAAAGGAAUUAUAUUGUUCUAUAUUUCUUCACCUAUUAUAUUUACAUUGAAAGUAAAUAUUUAAUUUGCAUUAUUGUAAUAUAAUCUAUUAUUUCAAAUGUGAAGUAUUUAUACAUCAUGAUAUUUUUUGUACUGAAUAUAAUUUAUGCUAAUUUAAAUUUUUAAUUUCUUUAUUAUACCAAUGACAGUGAGAUUUGUUUCACACUACAGUGAUGAGAAUUUGUUUAGCUGUUUAAUGCACAAAAAUUUUAAUUGCAGAUAAAAUGAGCUUUGUUUUCUUAGUGAAAUAUAAUUAAUAUUUUUCUUUUCUUUUGAUUUUGGAGGAACUGGGCAUUUCCUUGUGAGAUUCGCUUUCUUAGGUGUUAAGAGCUUGCGGCUGGUUUAGUCACCUUGUCUUUAGCACAUACCCUAAACGAUAAAGUCAUUUUAAAAUAGUCUCAUCUUCAUGUAUUGUAGAGAUAAUAAUAGACUCAUUCUGAAGUCUUGAAAUUAAUGCCGAUCCCACAAAGAGCUUGAAUGGACGGCGUAACUAUAUAUAAUUCUCACAUUGACCUUAAGCUGCUCUGUGAGA